AUGGGUGCUCGCGGGCGGUUCAACUGCAACGGCCACCGCUCCGACGACUGCAUCUGCAACGAUCUCAAUGACGGCCACAGUAUCAGCAACAACAAUGACGGAAACGAUGGCGAUGUCGACGACAAUGGUAUGACACUUCGAUUUUAUGUUUCUGCGGUUGAUAGAGUGGGAGCUGGGUUCGUGUCCUCGAACACGGGUUCACCGCAGCCACCCCCACUACAAGAAGAACCAGUCGCCGUGGAGCAGCUGCAAGGACCACAUCUCCCACUCCCAGACCCUCUCAUAGUCCAAGUGCCAGGGGCCGUGCAGGCCACGACGACCGUGGUGCCCCAGGCUGCUGACGUGGUUGAUGACGGCGGGUACCGGGCUCCGACGUGGACGGUGACGCUGCAGCUAUCUUUGACGACAUCGAGGAAUACGAAUGGCGCUCUGACCUCGCAGUAG